UAACUUUUUUUUUCUCUCUCUCUAGGGCCAAUACUGCCAAGUUCGCUCUAAAUACCCAGAUCGGAAAUAGUACUAUGGGUGGAGCUACACAGCCUGCUAUUGGUGGAAUUGCACAGUCUUCUAUGGGUGGGGCUAUGCAAUCUUCUAUGGGUGGAGCUAUGCAGUCUGCUAUGGGUGGGGCUAUGCAGUCUGCUAUGGGUGGGGCUAUGCAGUCUGCUAUGGGUGGAGCUAUGCAGUCUGCUCUUGGUGGAGCUAUGCAGUCUUCUAUGGGUGGAGCUACCCAGCAUGCAAUGGGUGGGGGCAUGCAGACUAUGGGUGGAGCUAUGCAGUCUGCUCUUGGUGGAGCUAUGCAGUCUUCUAUGGGUGGAGCUACCCAGAAUGCAAUGGGUGGGGGCAUGCAGUCUGCAAUGGGUGGAGGCAUGCAGUCUGCAAUGGGUGGGGGCAUGCAGUCUGCAAUGGGUGGGGGCAUGCAGUCUGCAAUGGGUGGAGCUAUGCAGUCUGCUAUGGGUGGAGCUAUGCAGUCUGCAAUGGGUGGGGGCAUGCAGUCUGCUAUGGGUGGAGCUAUGCAGUCUGCAAUGGGUGGGGGCAUGCAGUCUAUGGGUGGUGGCAUGCAGUCUGGCAUGCAGUCUAUGGGUGCUGGCAUGCAGUCUAUGGGUGGUGGCAUGCAGUCUGGCAUGCAGUCUGCUAUGGGUGGUGGCAUGCAGUCUGCUUUUGGUGGAGCUAUGCAGUCUACUCUUGGUGGAGCUACCCAACCUGCUCUUGGAGGAGCUACCCAGCCUGCCAUCGGCGGAGCUUCCCAGCCUGCCAUUGGAGGAGCUUUGCAGUCUGCUCUUAGUGGAGCUAUGCAGUCUGCUCUUGGUGGAGCUACCCAGCCUGCUAUAGGUGGAGCUGCUCAAAAUACAGGUUUCUCAUUUGGAACUACUACGGCACAGUCACAGCCAUCCCUCACUGGAGGCUUCUCCUUCUCUGGCCAACCAGCGACGACCGCCCCCGCAACCGCAAACCCAGCGAGCACCGCCCCCACCGCUCAGACAGGCGCGUCCUCCUUCACGUCAGCAUUUUCCAUGGCACCAACUGCCACAUCCACCGCACCCACCGCUACCCUAGCCCCAGUGCAGGCAUCCGCUGCCCAGCAGACUUCCACUUUGUUUUCAAGACCAAUUGAGACUACAUCAGUAUCGACAGCAGCAGCAGCAACAUCCAGCGCUUCAGCUAUCAGUUCUCUCCUUGCGACCUCUGCGCCAUCGCUUUUUUCACUCAGCUCCACAACCGCUUCAGCAUCCCUAAACGCAAAGCUCCCUACUACUUCAGCAGCCCAGACCAUUGCUGCCGGCACCAUUCCUAGUUCCAAUAUAAGUGCACCUGCCGUAAUGACCUACACGCAACUCGAAAACCUCAUUAAUAAAUGGAGUUUGGAGCUCGAGGAUCAAGAGAAGCAUUUCCUGACACAAGCCACACAAGUCAAUCUCUGGGACAAGACCCUGAUCAGCAACGGGGAGAGAAUCACCUCUUUACAUAGAGAGAUGGAGAAGGUAAAAUUGGAUCAAAAAAGACUGGACCAAGGAUUAGAUUUCAUCCUCUCCCAGCAGAAAGAACUAGAAGAUAUCCUGAGCCCCCUAGAGGACUCGGUCAGAGAGCAAAAUGGAACCAUCUACCUCCAGCAUGCAGAUGAAGAAAGAGAAAAGACUUACAAACUGGCAGAAAACAUCGAUGCCCAACUGAAGCGAAUGUCCCAGGAUUUGAAGGAUGUCAUCGAACAUCUGAACACAUCCGCUGGACCCGGAGACUCCAGUAACCCGCUUCAACAGAUCUGUAAAAUCCUCAAUGCUCACAUGGACUCCUUGCAGUGGGUUGAUCAGAAUUCUGCUCUUCUCCAGAGGAAAGUGGAACAAGUGACGAAGGAAUGUGAGAAUCGGAGGAAGGAACAAGAGAGAGGAUUUCCCAUUACAUUUGAUUAAGCUUAAUAAAUGUAAGGCUGUUCUAAAAUAUA